AUGGAGAAGUUGACUGAUGAAUUGGCGAGUAUUUUGAUAGAUGACUUGAGACUUGAUGGAGAUUUGGACUGUAUGCUGCCGGAUUUCCCUUCUCCUGGCAUUAAUCAUGAAUUCGUGCUAAUGAUUGACAAGAAGUUAAUGCCUGAGUGUGAUACAGAGGACCCGAAGCAUGCUAAGAAAUCAUGGAUAACGUGUGCUGCGACAGCGGCUGCUUAUGUGUACAAGUCUGUUGGUGAGAGUGUAUCCCAGCCAUUACGCGUAUGGUUAAGCAAUGCAGCGAGUGCAGUGAUCCUCCAUGGACUUCUUGGAGAGCUGACUGCUUCAACACAAGAGGAUUCAGACAGAAAUCGAACAAAUGAGAAUAUAUCACUACCCGAUACAGUUGUAGAUGAUCGUUCGGAUGGUUAUUGGUAUUAUGGUAGUUGGACGGUGGAGAAUGUGGCGAGUAGCUCGGAGAUGAGAGGUGUGUUGAAAGCUGAGAUGGCGAAUGCAUGUGUCUCGGUGAUGAUAGCCUCUGUGGUGAAUUACUUUGAGGAGAAUCGGUACACACCGAGUGGCUUCAGGAAGUACAGUUAUGCAUGUAGAGUACUUAGAAGUGGUAUGAUGGAGAAAUAUGGUCUGACAGAUGAGUCGGAUAAGACGAAGGCAAUGCUGAUCACUGGUCAUUGGGUAUCGAAAUUGGUGGUUUUCGGUAUGGCUACGAAAGACCGACAACUUAACCACCCAAUUAGACCUGUGAAGAGGAUUGGUUACAAGCAGUCUGUUCGUAAAAUAGAUAUCAAUGGUGAGUAUUUGACUGGUUCACCGAGGACAACAAUCAGUGACACAGGGAACAAGCUGUUUGGUCGACUGAUCACAUAUCUUAAGAUCUUUGAACCGAGGAGCGAACUACUGCUUAUCCUCAAUUGUGUAUGA